GUUCAAAAGAGCUUUGUGGACUAUAUCCGACUAUAUCCAUGUCUGCAAUCAUUCAAUGCUGCUCACCAGUUUAGCAGCGCAAAUCCAGUCACAUUUUUUUUUCCUUCACUCUCAUGUCUCAUCGACUCCAUCUCUUCGUAACAUGGACAACCUUAAGCUGAAUCCCUUCGAGAUUCCAGAAAUUCUCUUACCCAUUGGUGAACUGCUCGACCAAAAGGACAUUUUAAACUGUAUCCGCGUCUCCAAGGCUUUUCAUAGGACUUUUAUCAGCCUCAUAUGGAGGAAAAUCAUUGUCGGACCGCAAAGAGAUCCUAGCAGUAAAGCAGUACAGAGGCACAAGGAAUACAUUGAAGAGAUUACAUUUGAAAGCUACGCAUUUAAAGUUCCUUUCCCAGAGGAGUUUGAGUCGUUACAGAGGCUUCAGUCCAUCGCAUACAAAGGACAGUGCUCAUGGCCCACACCGGUCCACCUUAUCAACCAGAUUAAGGCCCAUAGCUUCAUCAUCACUAGCUUUCAACUGAGCGAUUAUGUUGAGUAUCCGCCAGGUUUCUGGGAAGCUUUGCUAGAAUGCACCAACCUCAACCACUUGGAGGUUAAUCGCAACGAUAUCGAUGUUGCAGCCGACCUCUUCCUUCAAGUCUGCAAGAAAAGCUGGAACGACCAAGAUCAACCAGACUUCUACAAGGUAGUGCUCCUUCGGCAUCCUUGGACUCUGAAUAAUUUGUCAGCUCUGUAUUUCUUUGAGGAGAUGAUAAAAGACAAGGAUUUGGCAGCACUUCUCAGACGGAUGACUGAAUUAAAACGGCUAAACGUCUCUAUUUAUGAAUCUAGUCAGCUCUCUUUGCAGGAGUUGCUAGCUGACAAGCAAGAGGUGAUGGAUAAUGGACGGCUAAUAAAGACAAGGCUUUGGAGACUCUGUGAGACAGUUGAGAUGUUGGUAUUUGAGACAAACAACAGUGGUGUUGCUCAGACUAUUUUAUCAAAUUGUCCACGACUGAAAAGACUGGAAGGACUUAAAAUUACGGUGGCAGAGAUUGUCAAUGGAGCAGAAUGGGUUAGUACUGGGUUGACUCACCUGAUUAUUCAUCUUGAGGCGGAUGUUGAUCAAAAGACUGAAGAAGGCAUGGCAAAGGCACGCAUCGCGUUUAGACAGCUUGCUGAUGUCAAUUACCAAAAUUGUUUGGAUGAGAAGAUGAAGACGACCGUUCAUUACAAUGCGGCAAUCAUCAAUCCAGCCCUUCCUACCGAAGAUGCUGAAGCAGCUAGACUGAAGUUUGAGCAGAUGAACAAAGCUCUCACUGACAAACUCGACAUGGCUGAGGUCCAUUAUCAAAUGAUCAAAGAUCUGACUGAUAUCCAGGAAGCCAUGAACAAAACUAGGCAACUUGUUGUUGCACCAAACGAAGAACGGUCGCUUCCUGAGGCUGAAACCCAAGAUCAAUUAAAGAAUACUAUAGAGUCCUUUCCUAAACAAAGGAACCAUCCUGGAAGAGUUGAGAACCAUCAUCCCUAUCAAUUAGGGAUCAGAGCUCAAGCAGCCGAUGAUAAACCCUAGAAUAUUCUUGGUAAAAACCUAG